UCAGUGCCACGUGGCUUGGGCUAAGGAUGCAGAUCAUCCUCACCACAGUGUGUUCCUUGGUGGUAGUGGCAGGGUCCUUUGGACUCUAGUAAUCUGUGUGGGUUGUGGGUCCUGUGCUGAACCUGUGCCAACGAAUAACUGGGCUGAUGUCCUGAAGAGUCCUAUUCAACAAGGAGCACUGGUCUUAACUUAGGUAUAGAACUAGAACCCACCAAAGAGCAGCCACCAUAGGGAGAGACUUUGCCUAUGGCCAAAGUGGGCUUCCCUGGGUCAGGAGAAGGGCAGGGUGGGCAUUGCACAAAUGUUCUAUGCUGCCUUUUGUGAUGAUUCCUCCUUUCUGGGAACGACAUCUGUGCUUUCCACAUAGGCGCAGAGGAUUCACUCAGGGCUCCUUCAGGUAGAACAUAUCAGCUUUAUAUUAUGGGGCUCUGCAUAAGGUUUCUUCUGGGGAGAGGGGUGUAACACUGCUAAAAAUAGUUAACUUAAAACUCCUAAGAAGACUUCUUCCAGUCCGCGGGUCCAGGUAAACUCACCAGGGAUGCUGCGCUUUCUCAAGGAAGACCCCAAGUUAAUUUCUCUUACGUGGGAAUAAGAGAAAGGGUUGGUUAGUCACCUGUCUAUGCAACAUCUGGGCCUCCAAAAUUCCAACCCCACUACAGUCCAGAGGCAUAAUUGAUCCUCCUGGGAGCUGAGAGCUAAAGUCAGGGUACUGGCCCUGCCGCCUCCAAACUUAAGGAUCGUCAAGUCAUGCCUUUCUUAGAUAAAGCCAAGGUGAGCUUUGGGUGUCCCGUGCCCAUUUUUCUAGGGUCACUCAAGAGUCAAAGGCUGAGAGGGUGGAGCAUUUUUUUGGUCUGUGGGAACUGUGGGCUUCCAUUGUAUGGUCCAGCACUGCCCAGGGAGCAGGGGAGCCGCUCUCCAGCCGUUAUCAUGGUCCCAUUUCCCUACUGCUGCCUUCUUGAUUCUCCCGAAGUGCAGAGAAGGCUGCCCGGAGAGGACAGGGCUGAGGAGCCCUAGCCUGGCGCUCCUCUCACCAGCUCUGGCUUGGGACCAUAGCGACCUGUCUUGCUCUAGAAAGUGGCCCAGCGGGCGGCGUAGCUGCUUUGGUCCCAAUCCAACGAUGCGCUCUUGCGGUACAGGCUGUCUUCCUCGGAGCCGCAGAGCACUACCGCUGACAGGUUCAGGCCCGUGAUCCGCUCCAGGAUUCUCUUUAACCGCAGAGCCACUUGGCCCCGCCCCUGGAAGUUCGUCCAACCCAGACCCAACCUUCAGGCUCCGCCCCCGAGUCUCGUGUUACCACUUCCGGUUCGGCCCCGGAAGUCGCGCCGUGGAGCCAAAUUUGAAGUGAGCCGAGGCGGUACGGAGCGGUUAAGACUUGUCGCGUUUUUCUUGGCUACCUGGGCCCCUUGAAUCCAGUCAUCAUGCCUAUCCGUGCGCUGUGCACCAUCUGCUCCGACUUCUUCGACCACUCGCGCGAUGUGGCCGCCAUCCACUGCGGCCACACCUUCCACCUGCAGUGCCUAAUCCAAUGGUUUGAUACAGCACCAAGUCGGACCUGCCCACAGUGCCGAAUCCAGGUUGGCAGAAGAACCAUUAUCAAUAAGCUCUUCUUUGACCUUGCCCAAGAGGAGGAGGGUGUCUUAGAUGCAGAAUUCUUAAAGAAUGAACUGGAUAAUAUCAGAGCCCAGCUUUCCCAGAAAGCCCCUAUGGAGAUGCUGAAACUAAAGCUCCGCCGGCCAGCCUUCAGUGAUGAUAUUGACCUCAGUGCCACCUUUGAUGUGGACACCCCUCCAGCCUGGCCUUUCAGCGUCCAACAUGGCCAUGCCAAGAAGCUCUACCUAGAGAAGGCACAGUAA